AUGCGCUUUUCCGAACAAACCCUCGAGCGCGACUGCGAUCAGCAAGUCACACCACCGCGUUUGUUUAGUCGCGAAGCCUUCGCGCCUUCCGAAGAUGAUGCUCCGAAAGCGAAGUCAAAGGGGCGUCAGGACUAUAGGAUCAAACACGCACUGAAGCCGCCGCGGUCAACGACAUAUACCGCCCAGUCACUCUACGACCAAAUAGUGGAUGGAAGCAUCAACCUGGGCCCAGAAUAUCAGCGAGACGUUGUGUGGAGCACGGAAAAGCAGAUAGGCCUGAUAGACUCCAUCUUUCGCAACUUCUACAUCCCGCCACUCAUCUUCGCCGUUUCAACGCACGAGGAUGGCACGGAGGCGAGAACAUGCAUCGACGGAAAGCAACGUUUGACGUCUAUUCAGAAGUUUAUGGAUGGUCUGAUAUACCAUCGAGACCCUGACAACGCCCGCGACAAGUAUUACUUCACAAAUCCCGUCAAGAAUGCAGCCCAGCUUCCCGGCAAGUACAAGAACUUGUUCGGGACCAAGCAGAUCGUCUGUAUUGAGUACUUCGAUCUUGACGAGAACGACGAGCGCGAGAUCUUCAGACGUGUCCAACUGGGUAUGGCUUUGAACGACGCAGAGAAGAUGAAGGCCCUCGCACGGAAUCGCAAGACCGACCUCGUUCAAGACCUCACCAACCUAUACACCGAGCGCUUAGCAGACCUCGGCUUUCGCACCGCGCGCGACACCGUGUUUCGUUGGAUUGCUACGGCUUGCUAUACAAUCCGGAGAGGCACGGAAAUAACGAACUCGACGACGCCCACACAACUGAACAAGUGGUUGGCCGAAGAAGGUGGGAAACACGCUAUGACGGAGGUGAUGGCCGAGGGCAUCCGCGAGAGCAUGGAGAAAUUCAUGGAUGUCAUCGAGAUGCCAGGCGCGAUGGAAGUCAAGUCAGGACCGGCUCAAAAAUCGCUUGCGCCUGUGGAUUUCGUGAUGUGUAUAUACCUCGUGUAUACAUUGCGCGAAGAGUUCUCGACGGAGGCCCUCUAUCGAGCUAUCAAACAAGGCCGACAACGCGCUCGUGACGGGGCGGAUAAUGUUAUGUACAAUAGUAAUACGUGUCGGAGGUACUACGACUUCGUGGAGAAGCUGCAAGAUUAUGGUGAGGAAGCGCUGGAGAGCGACGACGAGAUGGAUGUCGACGAUGCGCCACAACCUAAGAAGCGUAAAGUGGCGAAGCGCAAGCGAAGGGAGCCUUCUUCCUCUACUUCACCGGAGCCCGAGCCGGCACCGCGGACCAGUCGGGUCACUUCUGCGAGAGCGAAGAAAGCCGCUGCAACCAGCAAGUCCCCAGCCAUCAAGACGCGGGCUUCACCUCCCAUACAAGGGAACGGGUUCAGUGGUCUCGCAUCCGCUUCUACCGGAGGGAGAGCGUCUAAUCGUUGA